AGCAACAGAGAAGUGGGGUGAGCGUGAAGCAAGUCUGGGAAGCUGCUGUUGGAUUGGACCUUGUGAUCGGCUGGAGGUUGUUUCAGGAACACCCAUCCUGCUUUGUCAUGGCAGGAUGACACAGCCUGAGACCUCAUUUCCACCUGUUAUGCAACUCCUCCCCUCUGUUUUCAUAUGGGCUCUUACCACUUUAGUUGGGCUGGACUUGGUCAUGUUCGCAUAGUGGUGCAGGACAAUGCAACGAGAGGCGACUGGCCACCACUGACUGCCGUGAUGGCGCUCUUCCUGUGGCUCUGCGCGUCCGUCCUGGCAGCUGCCCACGGCACCGAAGUCAAGAACUGCCACCCUCUGUGCCACUGUGAGGUGGAGAGCUUCGGCCUGUUCCACAGCUUCAGUCUGACCAGAGUGGAGUGCCGUGGGCUGGGGCCCAGCACCUCCAUGCCCAUCCCCAUCCCUCUGGACACGGCUCACCUGGACCUGUCGUCCAGCGGCGUGGGCCCGCUGACCGACGCCAUGCUGAGCGGACCUGGCUACACCACGCUGGUCAGCCUGGACCUGAGCAGCAACGCGAUCACCGGGGUGAGCCCCAAGGCUCUGUCGAGGCUACGGUACCUGGAGUCUCUGGAUCUAAGCCACAACCGCCUGGAGAGCCUGUCAUCCAGCUGCUUCUCGGGGCUCCCGCUGUCCGACGUGGACCUCAGCCAUAACAACUUUCAGCACUUUGACAUGGAGGUGUUGGCGGCCAAAGUCAACGGCGAACCGGUCACCGUGGACCUGUCUCACAACCAGCUUGUGUCUGUCUCGCCGCCAGUGAAAGCGCUGCACAUUCAAAGCUUAAACUUGACGGCCAACCGGCUGCGCAGCGUGCCGAGGCUGGCGGGGCUUCCCCUGCGGUACCUCAACCUGGACGCCAACCCCGUCGCACGCAUCACGGAGGGGGCCUUCGCCUCGCUGGGGGACCUGCUGUACUUGUCCCUCAGCGGGCUCCCGGAGCUGCGCCACAUCGAGGCGCACAGUUUCGUGGGACUCCACGGCUUGCAGGUCUUGGAUCUGUCCAACAACCCCCGGCUCAGGGAGCUGGGCCCGGCCGUCUUCACGGGGCUGGACUCCCUGCAGGAGCUGAAUCUCUCGGGCUCCGGGGUGACCACCUUACCCAGCAACAUGCUGACUCACCUGCCCAGCGUACGGACCAUCGCUCUGGGCCGUCACGCCCUCUGCUGGCGGACGCAGAAGCAAGGGCAGUUCCACCCGCAGCUGGGUCAGACUCAGCACGAUGAGGUGCUGAGCUGUAACAUGGAGGGCGUUGUCUCCUGAGCGAGACCCUCGGCUUCUUUGUUCUGGUCCUGAUCAUUCGAGGCAGAAGACUUUCAGAAUCACGUCUCUCUGCCGUCAUGCUUCACUAGCGCUGAUCUCUGGUGUUGUGCUGGACCCCGAAUAAGAUGAUCCUGACAAGUCUGACUCUCAGGAGUCCAAGUUUAACAACAGAACAUUUGUUGUUAUGUUAAUCCAAAUAAGGUUUGGAUGGAACUGAAGGAUACUGCUACCUGAGAGCAAAGGUGAGCUCAUGAAAGGCCACACGACAGGAGACAUCACAUGGACCUGACGGGAGGAAGGUUCAUGUGAUGUCCUCUCUGUCCUCUCUGGAAGGUUUUUCAUGAACGUGAGUCUGCCUCAUCGCAUCAGUGUGUCAUGUGACCUCCCAGAGGCUGCCUGAAUUCAAAUGCCAAGAUGCUCUUGGAGAAGCUCAUGUUGAAUGUAAAGACCAGCACCACUGUAACUCAGGAGCUUGGGCUUCCACCCAGGAGCUCUUGUUUUUGCCUGUGUGGGCUUGCUGUCCUCAUUAAAGGGAAACCAUUUUUCAAUAUUUGCUUUGAAGCUUUUAUGGUUCAGUGGACGACAUACUGUUGGUGGUGCAACUCUGUGUACCUUCCAUGCUAGUGCCACCACUUGCUAGUGCCUUGAGCAAACACCCUUUUCAUGUCAUGGAUGGAGUCUCACUGAUCUGAUUCUGCUGGACUCAUUCAUUCAUUCAUUCAUUCAUUCCUGUGGCAUUCCAGCAGCCGUCACCCUCCAGACUGCAGCCACUGCAGCGGAGGUGCCGGCUGCAAGUGUGUGAAUGUAUUGUCACGUUCCUGUACGUGUGAUUGAAAGUUGUAUUAAAAAAAAAAAAAAGAGUUUUCACCCUGAAGCGGUUCUUUGGUGU